GCUCGGCUACUCCGCGUCCUGUAACAGCCCCCGGCGGUAGCGCCGUGGCUGUCGGUGGACGCGGGUGGCGAGGCGUUUGGAGCGGCUGGUUCAGCAUGUGGUGCACGGGCCCAGCCGCAGUGGUGGCCUUUUGUGCCGGGCUUUGGGUGUCUAACUCGGGGCCGGCGCUGGGCCAGGAGGCCGGGGAACGGCCAGGGGCCGACUGUGAAGUAUGUAAAGAAUUCUUGAACCGAUUCUAUAACUCCUUGAUAGCCAGAGGAGUCAACUUUUCCCUGGACACCAUAGAAAAGGAAUUGGUCAGCUUUUGCUUGGAUGUCAAAGGAAAAGAAAACCGCCUGUGCUAUUAUCUAGGCGCAACGAAGGAUGCAGCCACAAAGAUCCUCAGUGAGGUCGCUCGCCCAAUGAGUGUGCAUAUGCCUGCACCAAAGAUUUGUGAGAAGCUCAAGAAGAUGGACAGCCAGAUCUGUGAACUGAAAUAUGAAAAGAAAUUGGACCUGGCAUCAGUGGACCUGUCAAAGAUGAGGGUAGCAGAGCUGAAACAGAUACUGCACAGCUGGGGAGAGGAGUGUAGAGCCUGUGCAGAAAAAACGGACUACGUGAAUCUCAUCACUGAACUGGCACCCAAGUAUGCAGCAGCCCACCCCAAAACAGAGCUGUGACCCCCCGAUGCCGGUGUGCCAUUAAGGAGAGACACAGUGACUCUCCAGGAUAUGGACUUGUUGGUUAAGAGUAACUGGGAGUUGCGCUGUAUGUGGUCUCAUACUUUUUGCUUUGGUAACACAACCAACCAAGAAUUGGUUACUUGGAUUUACAAUGAAAACUGCUAAUAUUAGUGGUCUCUUCCAUUUGCAGGGUACCCAAACCUAACAGUGCUUUUCUCAUCAUUUUUGUAAGGAUUAUAUAUAUUGUCUUUGCCUAUUUCCUUGAAAGUGGGAAAUGUGGACUACUGAAAAAUAGAUGGAGUAAGUCGAUUCAAAGAAGGAAGACAGUGCUCAGAGGCCCCUCUCUGUGUAUUAAAUUUUAGUUAAAUAUAUUGGUUUAGGAUAAAAGAAACAAAGUUUGGCCUACCUAACUCCCACCUUCAAUCCAAAACAAUAACAUGGCAUAAUCAAAGGUUUUAAAAAGUAAACCUCGUACAUUGAACUGCAAAUCACUCUACGUUCUGGCUCUUUUUGGUAUCCGAUAUGGGAGGGCAGGAGGCAGUAUUUGAAAUUAGGAUUUCCCCAAAGAAGGAAUACCUAUUUAAAGCCUAUUUAUACCUACUUAAAGAAAACAGAUCAAGAAUCCACUUAAAUAGAGUCAGUGUUUUAGCAAAUUGUAUCAACACCCAAACUGUUGACUGAACUAAGCUCAGGUGUUCUGUAUUCCUUGCUACCACACAUUAGACGAGUUUUUGAUAGAGGAUUAAAGCAUGGUAAAAGCACCUGCAGGCAACAUGGAGCUCUAUGAUUCUUAAUGCUAUUUUAUCGGCUUUAAAUUGUAAAAUCAUUCUUGGCUCCAUUUUCUGGCCACAUCAGAGUAAGAACCCCCCCUGGACAAGUGACUGCCUCUGGGGGAAGGUAGAGUUGGGGAAGGCCUGCAGAGCAGCUCAAGGGAACUUUCUGGGGGGAUGGGAAUGUCGUGUAUCUUGACUGGGGUGGUGGUUACAUGGUUGGAGAGGAUUGUGAAACUCAUGUAGUAGUACAACUAAAAUCUGGUCUUUUUUUUGUGUAUACAUUUUAUCUAAAAUACUGCUGUAGAAAAAUUA